ACGUGACGCAUUUCCUCCAUCAGUGCACGUGUGGAUGUGUUUAUUAUCAAUACUGUAGUGCUGAGCUUUGAUACUUCGUAUUGAACUAUAUACGGAAACGAUGAAGGUGAAAACGAAAAAGGUCGUUAAGUGGAAAAGACAUAACAGUUGUGUCUCUAAUCCAGUCCAGAAGAAGUUCAGGGAGGCUGCAAAAAACAGAUUUUUGGAACCUUUCGGGAAGAAGUCUACUGGGCCCAGUUCACUGACUGUUGAAAGUCUAAAGAAACAUGACAUUGGAGAACAAGACUCUGCAGAGUUUGAUGCACAAACAUUUAAGACUUGGGCUACGGAUUUUACUUGUGUGUCAAAUGCCACUUUUGGAAGUGUUUUGAGAAUGCAUCCAAAUUCAGCUCAUCAAAGAGAGAUUCUGGCUGUACUGGCUGCAAUCACAGAGGUCAUCAAAGAACAGGGAGGCAAAGAAACAGAUACUGAAUAUUUUGCUGCUUUGAUGACCACUUUAGAGACUACAGAGUCUGCAGAAUCAGUUACAGCAAUAGCUCAUCUGCUUAGCCUGGUUAUCAAAAGGGUGCCAGUCCCAGUACUAAAGAGCCGAUUUUCACAAAUUUCCAAAAAACUGCUGGAUAUUAUUUCCACAUAUGCUGACAAGGAUGGCACCUCUAUACUGAAAUCACUGCUGCUGUCCCUGGCAAGCUUACUGCGAGUGCAGGAGAUGGGUGUAUGGUCACAGUCCUCUGUGCAGCAUGUUUUUAACUGCAUUCUUACUUUUCUCACUCACAAAAAGCCAAAGGUUCGCAAGUCUGCUCAACAAGCAGUGAAAAUUGUACUGAAGGGCAGUCUUUUUAUGACUCAACCAGACCCUCCUCCUCAACACCCAGCUGCCUCACUUGUGGCCAAAUUUUGUGUUCAAGUCAUUGAGUCUCAAGGAGGUGCUAACGAAGCACUAGACACUCUGCACAUUUUAGGUCUGCUGCGUGACAUUAUGUCAACAUUUCCACAAAACAGCAUCAAAUCAACAUGUGAAACAGUCCUAAGGGUCAUGACUGUUAGCAACGUGCUGGUGACAGCUGCAGGACUAGCAGUACUUCAUGGGCUGUUCUCAGCACAGCCUCAAAAGUCAUCUUUGCCUGCACAGUUAAACGCUCAAAUCAUCACGGCAUUGUAUGACUACCAGCCUUCAGAGAAUGACAGUCAGAAAAUGCCUGCAUGGCUGGCAGUCAUGGAACAGGCUCACAUCAACUUAGUUCGGCUUGAUGGGAAUCUGUGCAUCAGUCAUCUGCCAAAGUUGUUUUCUGUGGGUAUGACAUGCUUGUUGUCAGAACGGCGUGAAGUUGCACAAGCUGCUGCAAAAACAAUGGAGCUUCUUCUGCAAGAGUGUGUUGGAAAAGAAUCAGAGAAUCUGGCAGCACUUACCAAAACAACAGUCGACUUUAGUCAGACUCCACUGGGCAAAAUUGUGCGAGCAUUAGAAUCAGGCCUCAGCUAUCAGUUCCAUUCCUCUUGGGAUCUAGUACUGCACUUGCUUGGUGUGGGUCUAGAGAUGCUUGGCAAGAUUUGUCCCUCCCUGUUGAAAAAGUGCCUGAGAUCAAUGGCAGAAUUGCGAGAGACCGUGAAUUUUGCCUUCUCAUCCCAGCUUGAUGCAGCUAUAGGAAAGGCUGUUAAGUCCAUAGGCCCUUGUCUUGUUCUGGAGUCCAUUCCUCUCAAAUUUACUGGAAAUGAGGAUAACCUUGAUCUGGCAAGAAGCUGGCUUCUGCCCAUAAUUCGUGACAAUGUUUGUGAAACAGAGCUGUCUUUCUUCACAUCUCACUUCCUUCCCCUUGCUGCUCGCUUCAGGCAAAAGUCUAUAGAAUGUACUGAUCAAAAGAAGACUGCUGCGGCAAAAACAUAUGAAUCUCUGCAGUUGCAAAUAUGGUCAAUGCUGAAAGGAUUCUGCACAAGGCCAACGGAUCUUUCACGGUCUUUUAAAGACAUAGCCAAAGUUUUGGGGACAGCUCUUAAUGAGCGACCAGACCUCAGAAUGGACAUAAUGGCAGCUUUGAGAACCCUCAUCACUCAUAGCAAAAGUAAUGAAGCAGACCUUGAGGCCGUUGGUAAAUUCUCAAAAAACUUUGUGCCCAUUCUGUUUAACCUCUACACAUCCAAUCCAGACAACCCUAAGGACCCUCAGCGUCUAGCAGUUUUGGAAACAACCAAGGUUUUCUUCACAGUCUCUGAUUUUCAGCUGGUGAUUUCCUAUCUAGACAAGUGCUUAUCAAAAAUAGGUGAAGAGAAUGUAGAGUCCUUUAGAAAGAUUGCCUUGCUAGACCUUGCCAUAGCUAUGGUGCCAUAUGCGGACCAUGCACACUUGAAACAGCUCUUGGAUGUUGCAAUUUCAAACGUGGAGGCAACAGACCGCUCUCUUCAGAAAAAAGCUUAUCGCAUAAUGGAAGAGAUAUGCGCCUGUUCUUCUGAUGCCUGCAAGAACUUUUUGUCAAAAUACUUAGAUAAACUUCAGGAAUUGCUGCUGUCUUCUCUCUCAAGUGCCAACCCUAAUACUAGAGCUCCACGCCUACGGUGUCUGAUUCACAUUCUUCGGCAGCUAAAUGAACCACAGACAUCUUUCAUAUGUGCAGUAGUUCCAGAGGCCAUUCUCUGCACAAAAGUUGUAGGAGAGAGAGCUAGAGUUGCUGCCUACAACCUCAUUAUCGAGAUUUCAAAGACUCUUUUACGCUGGAACUCAAACAAAACUGAAGAAGAAGUUUUAGCAGGAUAUGUCGACCUGCUGUUGGCUGGUUUGGCUGGGUCUCCACAGCUGAUCAGUGGCACCUUAUUGGCCCUUACACGAGUCAUGUAUGAGUACAAAGAGAAUUUGUCAGGGGAUGUGUUGUCCAACCUGGUGCAAAAUGUAUGCUUACUUCUAAAAUCAAAGACCCGAGAAGUGGUUAAAGCAGCCCUUGCCUUCAUAAAGGUUAUGUUAGGUGCCUACUCGACAACCAUUCUUACAGCACACCUGUCUGAAAUGCUCAGUGGAAUGGUUUCCAUGAAACAAGACUGUAAACACCACUGCCAUGCAAAGACAAAACAGAUAUAUUUAAAACUCAUCAAGAAGUUUGGGUACGAAGCGGUACACAGUAUGACACCUGAAAGCGUUCACAAGGUGCUAGUCAACAUACGCAAGACGCUGGACCGAGAGAAACGGCAGAAGAACAAAAAUGAUGGGGAUGAGGCAGAUGACGCCACGGAGGAGACGCCCAGAAAACCACAAUCUGAAUCAAUUGAGGAGCUUUUGCGGGACAUUGACUCAGAGGAAGAAGAACCCAGCAAUGUCAAAGAGCGUAGGAUAUUGACAGCCAAAAGACGGAAAGGACAUCAGACAUGGCUAAAAGAAGAAAGUGAAGAUAUUACAGACUUCAUGGACACAGGGGCUGCCAAGAAGGUGACAGCAACAAAGCCUGAAGAAAAAACUGUGUCCAAAACAGCAAAGAAAGAUCAUGGCUUUAAGGUAGCACCAGAUGGACGUCUCAUCAUCACAGAGCCCAAAGAUGACAAAGGAGAAAAAUUGGCCUCUGAUCAGGAAGAGGACUUAGAUGACUUACUGACAGCCAUAGAAGGUGGAUCAGAGAAAAAGCGAAGAAAGAGGCUGCGGAAUGCAGAAGCUGCUGAUGAAAAUGAAAAUGAGCCAUCUACAAAAUACAGAGCUGGAGGAAGUGGCAUCCAUCGACCUUUGCAGAAAAAAGCAACAGACUUUGGAAAAGAAUACAGAGCUAAGAAGGCUGGUGGAGAUAUUAAGAAGAAAGGCAAACCAGAUCCAUAUGCCUAUGUUCCUUUCAACUUUACAAGCUUGAACAAAAGAAAACAGGCCAAAAUGAAGGGUCAGUUUGCGAACCUCGUACAAGGAGCCAGGAAGGGCGCACAGAAAGCCAAAAAAGAAAAAAGAAAAAGGAAGUGAAUACCUGAUGCUACUGGGACUUGAUUGUUAUUAAGUAACAUCAGUUUGUGAUUGUGAAUGUGCACCGCUAAGGUUGUCAGAGUGUAUGCAUGUGCCUGUAUGUGUUCAUACAUAUUGUAUGUGCAUGCUCAUAUAUAUGUAUGUGUAUGCAAUUAAUGGUAUGAAGUUCUCCAAGUGGAUGCUCAUAUGAAAGCUGCUAUAUGCUUGUUCUUAAGUUUUUGACUGCUGCGUUGUGUCGGUGAAGAAAAGCUAGUUGUAUAGACAGUUCAACAGAUAUAUUGCUGAAUAAACUCCUGUUUCCAUGCAA